AUGAAACAAAAAAACAGUGACCCUAAAUUUGUUUCAUAUGUUACUCCAAAAGCUCCAAAGGAAGCUACUAGUUCUACUCCAGCUCCUUCGUCUUUUUUAACCUCAACUUCAGUUCUCAUAAACCUUGAUUUAGAAAUUGUCCAAAAAGUUUUUGGCUCACUACCAAAUAAAGAAAUUGUUAAUAAUAUCUCUGAAAACACUUCUUCAUCUAAAGAUAGGUCAAAACUUUUGGACCCUGACAAAUAUCUUGAAGACGAUGAUAUAGAAGAAGACUUAAAAGAUUUCACCAUUAUUACAAAAGCUACUACCUUUGCAGUUACUAGUAAUAUUAAGUUUACACCUAAAGAAAAGAAUAACAGCAAAAUUAUUCUUGCCAUCAAUAAUGAUUUUGCUCAAAAUGAUGAUUUUAGAGGAAUCAAUACCUUCUGUGAUUUCUCUCAAUACAAAGCUGAUAUGCAAUUUAACAAAAGGAUUAUUCAUGUUACUGAUAUUUCAUUACAAAUGAAACCUGCUAAUAUCAAACAAGAUUUUGCCAAAUAUAGAACUGUACUGAUUUUAAAAUGA